AUGACUCGGGUCCUUCAUGAACUGGGCUUCCAUCAUUUAAAAGGUGAUAAACGGCACAUUUACGCCGAAACGACCGGUAAUGUUGCAUUCCGGCGUAGUUACUUAGAGAAUAAGGUAGCUAAUCGAGUUGCUGUGCGUGGUCCAAUGCGAGGAACUAAGCGAAGCGCCCGCCUCGGAGUCGUCAGAGCAGAAGUCUACCUGGACGAAUCUUACUGCAACGUCAACCACGUCACAGGCAAGACAUGGUUGGCAGGCAAGACAUGGUUGACUGCAGAUAAGAUUCGCUGCGGUAAGACUGGACGAUAA